AUGUUGGACACAAGGGAGGGUUUAGAGCAAAGUAAAACGGUGAUAGGGUCAAAGCCUCCUGAGUGUGUGAACAAGUGCAAGAGUUGUAGGCCUUGCAUGGCUACUCUGGUCGUUCCAAAUCACCAAAAGAGGAAGAAAGGUUUCAAAGUGUCUUCUCGUGGGGAUGAUGAUACCUAUUAUCUUCUUUCAUGGAAAUGCAAAUGUGCCCAUGAUGCAAAUGAAGCCCAAUAUCUGAUCCAUUGGGUUGGGUAUGAGCCCAAUAAGCCAGCGUAUAAGUCAGCAAUACUUAAUCCUGGAUAUGGAUCAGUCAUUCUGGUUAAACUUGAAAUGAAAUGCCUCCAAAUGACUCUUCUCUCAGUCACCACCGCAAAUUCCUUGAAGCUCUUUCUCUUACGCACUCGCAAUCCUUCUCACGCUUUCUCCUUCUCUCCCCACCGUCAAUUCCAACCACUUUCGUUCCCCUCCGCCGUGCUCCGUCGUCUUCCCCCGUGCCGCGCCGCCUCCCCUGGUCCUCCGCUCCCACCUUCCGAUAACGAUUCAAGGCACCUUAAAGCUGCGGAUGUUGGUGCAUCUUUAUCCAAAAUUCAAGACAGAAUACAGAUCUUCUUUGCUGUUCUUUUCUGGUUGUCUCUAUUCUUUUGGGCUUCUGCCUGGGAUGGGAGGAAUAGACCAAACAAGGGAUCAAGAUUUAGAAGAUAA